AUGUUGCAAAGGGCUCCGUUUUUAUUGGAGAAUAAAGCAGCUCAAGUUACGAAAGCAGUUUUCAGUAAUUUCGAUGAGAGCAAUCCUCAAGUCCUUCCAAAUGUCUGGGAAGCUGCUUUCUUGACAAUAACAACUUUUAAGAAAUGGUUUAAAUAUAUAAACGUAGAUGAACUGUUUCUACCGAAGCUGUGGAAGGUCUUGCGACAAGGGGGGCAAGGCAAUGGCACCGUUAAUUAUCCAAAUCUUAGACCACUUCUAUCUCACCUGCCUCCAAACCAUGACAUUGAAAAUUUCUGUAUUAAUUACAUGAAUAAUAUGCGGAUUGGUAUUCAACAGAAAAAGAUCAGAUCGAGCCAAUCGGAAUCUCGCGCUUUGUAUGUAGCGUUAAUCGAAUGCCUGCAAUACAUAAUUCUUAAAAAUGAAUCUAACCUGGCGUUGUGUGAGACACUCAUCGAUGAACAACUUAUUGUAUUAAUGGAAUGGUCCUUGGAAAACGGCCCUGCCGCAUACAAGACGCUCUUUAAACAAAUUGCAGCCCUCAUACAGUAUUGGCAUCGGAACAUAGAGCUCUAUCCAAACUACAAGACGAUGUGCGACCAUGUGUGGAUUAAAUUAAAGACUCUCUUUGAAAACAAAAUCGGUAUGAACGAGGAUUACAUGGCUAGGCAGAUCGAGUUCUUCUUAUGCUUGAAGAGUACCACGAAGCCUAAGAAGCAGCUCAAGGUAAAAUUCGAUGGAAAAGAUUGCAAGUCCGGAGAUGAUGGUCAGAGCCACGGAGAAACCUCAACAGUUUCCGAAGAGUAUUUUAACUGCCUCAACUACUUGAUAUGUAGUAGCUGCAUUUGUUGCGUGAAUACUAUCAGAAGAAACCCUCAACCUAGCAUCGUGGAUCAUUUGCUCUAUAUGGUCCAGGAAUUCGAGAACGAGACUCUUCUAAAACACCUUAACUCCAAGGUGAAUUCUAGUGAGAAUAUGAUCGAUGUGUGCACUAAGAUAAUUUUACCAUGGAUUGACGACGAUUCGAUUCGCUCUCGUGGCGUCAUCGAUCUGCUUUUUAUCAUUUUUAAGUAUUUGAAAUAUGAAGAAAAAGCUUUAGUCUUGAAAACUUUAGAUAAGGUUCCAUAUGAAGACUGUUUUGGUUGGUGCGUUGCGAAGUGCCUGUCGCAUCCUUUCAACAUGGAUCUCGAGGUGCAAAAUUGGUUGGGCAGUAAACGAGUCGGAGAUUUUUUAGUUAGACUUAUGGAGUACGAAAUAGCUGAUAAAAGUUCUCCUGAAUUUAGUUUUCUAUUGAAACAGACAUUAACCCAGACUUCUAAUGGAGAUUUGCUUAUUAGAAAGAAUUCAGUGAUCGAAAUUAUAGAGUCGUUGAGCGCUUGCUUGAUGUCUCCUCACAACCACCCAAAGACAAUCAAUACUUGUGCCAGAUUAGGAGCUUAUUUAGCUGCGUUCCUCUAUACUGAAUCGUUAAAAGAUGCAUACUCAGACAAGCUCCUCAUAGGUUUGUUUACCCUGUCCUGCAAGAACGUGUAUCCUGAAGCUCUGACCAAGGACACCAUUUGGGAAGUGAACACCGCCUGGCAAGAUGUUAUUACUUUGAUAACCGGAGAAAUCCAAAAAAAUGAACUGAAAAUCUUGGCGGAAACGUUCGCGAAAAUCGUCGAGAAGAAACUGUUCAAUGCGAUCGAAACAAUCAACUCCGAUAAGUUGGUCGAAAAGAUCGUGAGUUUUCUGAACUCUGUCGCUAAAUGUAAGCCGCUCUACGUCGGAGAGUUGAUCAGUUUAUUUAUUAAGAGGACUAUUAUUCUGCAGCAAGCGAAGAUUUUGAAGCAUCAGAUUCAAUUGAUAGAAUACCUGAAAGGGAAUCUGUCUGAUCCAUAUGCGUAUUCUAUGGUCGAUCGCGAUCAGUUAGAAUUAAUCGAUGAGGUGGAAAUAUCCAAAUAUUUCACUUGGAAAGAGAUCAUGCUUUCGGUUAUUACCUCCCCUAUUGAUGAAGACAACGAUUGCCAGAGCGAUAAUGGAAGCACAGGCAACAUAUUGCUUAAAUUGGCACAGUACACGGAGAGUAUAAUCUGUGAAUUGCUUCACGAUAUCGUUUUAUUAGAGUCCGUGAAUCAAAAUUUCAAGUCUGUGCGCAAUUACGUCAAGCUCGGUGAUCAAUUGGUGAACCUCAAAGAUAAACUCUUUAAUAUCCUCGACCAUACCGAUUCAGACACGCAGCUUAAAGUUUGCGCUAUAUUGGUUGAUAAGGCCGGAAAAGAAGGUUGGUUGUGGACGAAUACUGUUCACUUAUGGUUCGUGGAGAUGUCCAAUUAUUCAGCCAUCAAAGUUUAUGACAAUCUAUUACCUAGUAUGAAUACAAAAUUGGCUAAAUUGCACUUGACUCAAAUAUUGGGAAGUAAUUUGAGUUACGACAACAUUCAUUGUAAGGUGGGCCCCGUUGGAGACGUAGUUAUUCUUAGGAGCUUACUGCAUUGCGAUGAAAUUGACGUGCAAAUCGCUGAAGUAUUCAAAAAAAUCGAGAUAUUGGAAUACUUUUUUAACGUCUAUACCAUAGACUUCAUGAACUGGAUCCAAGUCCAAGUCCCCAUUGAAAUCAUGAGAAUGUUUACCGUUUUAGUGAAUACUAGAACUAAUCAAUUGAAUAGCCGACAAUGGCAAUUGAUUUUAGUAUUUCUUUCUACUUGGUCUAGAAAAAUCAGCGUCAUUAAAUCUAUAUGUGAUAAUAUUCAGAUUUCCGCAUUUAUUCUAUCUAUUGUCAAAUUAUUCGCUGCGAUUACUGUAUAUAUUGAAGAACUUGCCGAAGAACAACCAGCUAACAGCUUAAUUGAUGAGUGGAAGCUUGUGUUCGACAUUCCUAUCUCUAGCGAUAUAAUGAGUAUUUGGCUGUACCUAUCGGAGAAGUACGAGUGCAAAGUGAACAAGAUGAGCAUCACCGAUAUGGUCUAUUUGCACGAGCUGGGCAACGUUAUUGGACACGUUAAUGGCAAUUAUAUCUUCCUAACGGACAUUGCUGGAAUGCCGGAAUGGAGCAAAGUGUUUGACCAGUGUUGCACAUUACUGAUCAACUCGGAGCAUUCCCUCCAACUCUGGGGAUAUAACAUGCUUACUUCUCUAUCAUCCGGCUUGAUCGAGAUAUCAGUCGAUACCAAUACUUCGCACGAGAAGGACAUGAUCUUCGAGCAGUUAAAGGAUUUACUCGACGGAACGCAUAAUAUGGUCAACAAUAUGUUACUCGACUUCAAGUGA